AUGCUCACAGCUAUGCCCACCAUGGAAGAAGUCAAAAAAGCAGUGUUCUCAAUCAACCCAGAGAGUGUGCCAGGUCCGGAUGGACUGAAUGCCUUGUUCUAUCAAGCAUGCCGGUCCAUUAUUGCAAAAGAGGUGUUUGAGGCAGUGGUGGCCUUUUUUAAAGGAUCCAAUGUUCCGAAAUUUUUCACACACACAUGCUUGGUAAUGAUACCAAAGGUGGACUUCCCACAGCAGUUGACAGAUCUGAGACCCAUAAGCCUCUGUAAUGUAUCAAGUAAAAGUUUUGCAAAAAUAUUGAAUGCAAGGCUGUCUCUGGUCCUACCAAAAAUAAUUUCCUUCAAUCAGUCAGGCUUCAUAAAUGGGAGAUUUAUCUUAGAAAACAUUCAAUUAGCCCAGGAAAUUAUUAAGGACAUCAAAAAAUCGCAGAAAAAAAGGGAAUGUGGUGAUGAAGCUAGACAUGACAAAGGCGUAUGA